ACUAUGGAAGUACAAAUUUGAUCAAAAAGUUGCUGAAUAUUAUGACAACUAUAAAAUGACACCAUCGAUCCACUCAAACAAAAAAGUUAGCCUUUGAACUUGUUGAAAUGUGAACAAUGAGACUUUAACUAAAGAAGGCAUCUUUCUUCUUUAAACAAGUUAAAGUACAAUAGCCUCUCCACAAAGAAACGAAUCUCUGGAGUUCUUUUUAUAUGUGCUUCCCACCGCUGGAUUUCUGAAACAUUUCCCAACCCUUACAAAGCAAAGUCCAAUAAAAGCUAAUGGCUUUGGUGGAGCUGAAAGUUGGCAUGCACUGUCAAGAAUGCAUCAAAGCCAUUAAAAAAGCCAUCAAGAAAAUUGAAGAUAUUGAGACUUACAGAGUUGAUGCAGAGCUUAAUAAAAUCACAGUUACAGGCAACGUUACAGCUGAGGAGGUGGUUAAGGUUCUUCAGAAAAUUGGCAAGACUGCAACUUCUUGGAAUGAAGAAGAGAAUUCUGUGCUGAAUGGCAACGGAGAGCAUCCAGAAUUUGAAGACUUUAAAUAAGCAAUCAAAUGAGUCAUCAAACUGCCGUAUUCAUAAGGUAAGUAACUAUGUUUUUAUUCGGAAAAUGAAGACAUAAUAUCUUGAAAUCCUAAAGAAGUGAUAGAACAUAAACCUUUUUAGCACUAUUUUCUUCACUGCUAAGUUCUUAUUUUACUUUUAUGAGGUAUUUAGUUUCCAUUACCCUUUGGAUUGCCAAUUUUACUCCCCAAAUGAUGUCGUUCCCUAUGUUUGGGGAAUGAGUUAAAUAUACUAGACAUACAACAUAUAAAAUAUACUUUGUGAUGGACGUUGGACGAGCUUUGUGGCAUGGGAAUUGUUUUCAAGUGAACGAUAAUUAGGAGAUUGUAGUCAGAUGAUAGUAAUUAGAGGAUUGUAGUCGAGUUAUAUUAGACAAUAGACUAUAGUUGGGUAAUGGUGGGUGGAUGACGAUAGUUAGGCGACUGUGGUUUGAUGACAAAGAUUGUGUGGUGGUCCAAUGGAAAUGGUCGGUGGCAGUUUAAUGGUGAUGAAUGAAUGGAUGUUGGUAUGGCAUUUGUUUGAUGACAAUGAUCAGGUGAUGGUCUGAUAGCGAUGGUUGAGUGGUGGUCUGAUGAUAACUUUCGGGUCAUGGUCUAACUAUGAUGGUCUGACAUCAUCGAUUGAGUUGAGGUUUGAUGGUGGCGAUUGUGCAAUGGUUUGAUGGGGGUGGCCAGUAGGUGGAGCUUGGAGAUUUUUCAAGUGUUUAAGCUCUUUUGAGUCUUAAGUCAAGAUCCAAGCCUUCAUUCAUGUAAGAAAAAGUGGCAUAUUUAUGAAUUUUUAAGAGCGUCACGCCAUAUAAAUAAAGUCAGAAUCUGAAACACUCUAUAGAUGUUCUUAAUUGAUUCCCUCAAUCAUAAAUUGUUCGAUCUUUUAAGUGCUGUAAUAAUAUCAUUAUCAAGCAAUUUUGGGCUAUUGAAAUUGUCUCAUUGAGACACUAGAUUUAUUCGUAAGUAUGUGAGAUUUGGAAGUCAUUUGUUUUUCCAAAUAAUAUCGUGAAGUUUUUAAUUAUGCUUGAAGUGUUUUAUUUGGGCUCAUUUGGAGUCAGAUCAUAUCACUUUUUUAUGUCAAUAAAUUCGUCUUAAUGAGACGUUCAGUUUGACUAAACAUUUGUUGAAAUUAGAGUUCGUAUGCUUAUGAGUUUAAUUUUGAAAAUUUUCAAUUCAACUUUGUAUUAAAAUUUGUGUCUAAUGAUGUCAAUUUUUGAUUACUUAUUAAUUCUCAUAAUAAUUUAAAUACAAAAUGACAAAGUAUAUAUUUUUUGUUUACUGGGAGAUCAUGAUUCAAAGUAAAAGUCAAAGAUGUUACAUCUUAUCAUGUUGAAAAUAAGACAAUAGAAUUGCCCAACUUCAAGAACAAUCUAAAAUAGACAACACAAGGUCUUAGUA